GGGGGUCAGGGAGAUCCGAUCGGUUCAGCUGCAAUAUGCCGCCGGCCGGUGGCUCCAUUGACACUGCCCACACCGAUGAUGGCUUUACAGGGGAGCCUCUCUGAAGGUACUGGUGAUUGGAGUGAUGGGUGGAGCAAAUCCUCGGCGACAGCUCCACCAACAAUCGUCAUGGCAAGCUGCGAAUCUCAGUCAGCCGUUUCAGGAGUUCAAGGUAGCAGUACUGAUGAAGCAUCCUCCAUGGAAGGGGACACAACUAGUAGCUCGGGAGGGAAAAGGAAAUGGGGAGUGAAGAGCAGGGGCUGGAAGUCUGGAGUUGGAUCAGAUUCACGAGCAUAUGCACCCGGCCGUGUAAGCCCUCUGGAGGAAGCUCUUCAACAUUACAGCAAUAGGGGUUCUGGUGCUAUUAUCGUCCCCCGAGUUGGACUUGAGUUUGAUUCAUGUGAGGAGGCAUUUGAGUAUUAUAAUCUGUUAUCAUGGGAGAUGGGUUUUGGCAUACAGUAUUCAACAAAUCGGACAUACAAGAAGAAUGGAGAGACCAAUACAAACAUGCAAUUGUUUGUUUGCGCAUGCGCGGUACCUUAUAUAUAGGCCGUGUUUGUUUCCGCUUAUAAGCGGAUUCUGGAUGGAAAUAAGCGAGAAUCCCACCCAAACAGAUCGAUUAUUUGUUGCUUCUCUCCGCCGCCGCUUCUCCAGUGAUCUCCGAUACAACGUGGAUCCUGAUUUUUCCCACCACGGCCCAGAACUCGCGCACGGGAGAAGCGAGUGGAUUUUCCACUGACUGCCCCUGCUCCGUCUCCCGAUACCCCUCCUCUCCCCGUUCCACCCCUCCGCCCCUAACGCCGCCGCCGCCCCACUACCUGCGGCGCCCCCCCUCCUACGCCCCCACUCUACCGUCGUCAGGCCCCCAACUACGCCGCCGGCCGCCGUCGGGGGAGACAGUGCGGCUCCCGCAUGGGGACCCGAGCCCGGAUCCGCGCGGCGCCGCCUCCCUGAUCCGCGCACUGCUCCUCGGCCCGCAGCCGUCCGGAACCGCGCCGUCGCCGCCCGGAAUCACGCCAUCGUCGCCUUCCCCUGCUGCUGCCGCUCCUCCCGCUCGCCCUUGCUGCCGUGCCGCUGCCCUCCCCUGCCGUGGGCGAUGGGACCUUGAGGCAGGGGGGGCGCUCGUCUUCAAGGCUCGUCUCAUCUUCAAGGCGGGGGGCCGAAGGCGGCCGGCCGGCGCCGGAGCUCCAAAAGCGGAGGUGGUGAGCCAGCCACCAGAACCACUACGAGUGGUGGAUCGUGAAGAUUGAAGAAGAGAUAAGGAUGAUAGAGUAGGGAAAAAAAGGAGGAAUAGAAGAAAUAUGUUUCGACAAAGAUUAGUAGGAAAAAAAUAGGAUGAGUGUAUUUAACUUUAAAAUAUAUUUGAUGUAAUAGUAAUAUAAUUAUGUAGUCAAGAUACUAAAAAAUAUAAGAAUUAUUGA